AUGAUAAGAGGUAAUUGGAGUCUAGCACAAGAGUUCAAACAAAAUGAGAGAAAACAACAACUGAAAAUACAGCAAAGACAGAAAAAUCAAUUCAAACUAGAGAAAUUAAAGAAUACAGAUCCUAUAAAGUUAUUCCAUAAAAUUGAAAAUUUAAAAAACAACCCAUCAAAAACAGAAAAAGAUGAGGAGUACUUAACAAAACUUCAAGAAGAUUGGUCAUUCAUUGAGAAAAAUGGAUUACAUCAAAGUAAAGUAAAACAAUUACUACUGGAUCAUGAAAAGAAAUUAAAGUUGAAACAAAAGCAGGAAACAAAAUUGUGGGGACAAGAAUCAAUAUACUUUAAUCCCGAACUAAAUCCAUUGGGUAAAGUACCAGAUCUUGAUAAUUUGAAGGUCAAGUUAAAGGAACCAUUGAAGAAUUUGAUUAUAAAAAAUUUAAAAAAUGUCCAAAAAUAUGAACCCGAUUCAUUAAUUAAAGAAUUGAAUAUUAAAUUACCAAAAGGUGAACCUCCAAAAUUUUAUAAAUACGUUCAAAAUACUAAGAAGGCAGUUAAAAAGAAACAAGUAGAAGAAAUACAUGAAGAAAUACGGAACAAAGAAAAUGAUGCCUCAGAUGUAGAAGAUGAAGAAGAAGAAGAAGAACAACUUUACAAAAAGCAAAAACUUGGCUAA